AUGCCCAGGUCUUUCCUCGUGGAUUCCUUGAUUUUAAGGGAGGCCAACGACAAGGGAAACGAAAACAACCCACCCGUAUUCCCCUACGCCAUGCACUCGUCUCACCCUCACGCGCUGCAGGGCUCCUGCCACUCCAGGAAAGCGGGGCUGCUCUGCUUCUGUCCGCUGUGCGUGACCGCCUCUCAGCUGCACCCGUCCCCGCCGGCCUUGCCCCUCCUGAAGGCUUCCUUCCCCGCCUUCGGAUCACAGUAUUGCCACUCCGCCUUAUCGAGGCAGCACGCCUCCUCCAACGGCGUUAACCUCAGCCACGCUCCGGGGAUUUACCAAGCCGCGUAUUCAGUCCCGGACCCGCGGCAGUUCCACUGCAUCUCCAUCGAGAACAACAGCGGCAAACUUCAGAGCAGCAAGCGCAUGCGCACGGCCUUCACCAGCACGCAACUUCUGGAGCUGGAGAGAGAGUUCACCUCCAACAUGUACCUGUCCAGACUGAGACGCAUCGAGAUCGCCACGUAUCUGAACUUGUCCGAGAAACAAGUGAAAAUCUGGUUCCAGAAUCGCAGGGUGAAGCACAAAAAGGAGGGCAAGAGCAGCGGGCACAGGACUGGCGCGCACAGCUGCAAGUGCUCCUCGGUGUCGUCGGCGAGGUGCUCGGAGGAGGAGGACGACAUCCCGGUAUCUCCCUCGUCGUCCGACAAAGAGGACGUGGACCUCUCCGUCUCCCCUUGA